GGCGCGCUAAGCCACUACUUCCGGAGCGCGGUUCUGGGCGGCGCGGCACGGCAGGCGCGCCUUACGGCGGCGCGCCACUCGGUCCCGGUUCAAGAUGGCGGCGCGGCCGCGGCAACGAGGAGCGCGGCCGUUAUAGAGGCCGCGGCGGCGGGAGGGAGCCGCGCGGCCUGGCCAGGCGCAGGGUGUCUCUCCUUUUUUUUUUUUUUUUUUUUUUUUUUUUAAAUUUUUUGAGACACAAGAAAAAACGCCAAGAUGGGGCGGAGAUCUACAUCAUCCACCAAGAGUGGGAAGUUCAUGAAUCCCACGGAUCAGGCCCGUAAGGAAGCUCGGAAAAGGGAGCUAAAGAAGAACAAAAAGCAACGGAUGAUGGUACGAGCAGCUGUACUAAAGAUGAAAGAUCCAAAGCAGAUUAUCCGGGACAUGGAAAAAUUGGAUGAGAUGGAGUUUAACCCCGUACAGCAGCCACAACUUAAUGAAAAAGUACUAAAGGAUAAACGCAAAAAACUGCGUGAGACUUUUGAGCGUAUCUUGCGGCUCUAUGAGAAGGAGAAUCCUGACAUCUAUAAAGAGCUGCGCAAGUUGGAAGUGGAGUAUGAGCAGAAGAGAUCACAACUCAGCCAGUAUUUUGAUGCUGUCAAGAAUGCUCAGCAUGUUGAAGUGGAAAGUAUCCCCUUACCAGAUAUGCCUCAUGCACCCUCCAACAUCCUUAUACAGGACAUUCCCCUUCCUGGGGCCCAACCACCUUCUAUACUUAAGAAGACAUCAGCCUAUGGACCACCGGUUCGGUCCAUUUCUGUACUUCCACCUCCCGGGCUUGGUGUUCCACGUUUACCUCCAGGCAGGAAGCCCCCUGGACCUCCUCCAGGGCCACCCCCACCUCAAGUCCUACAAAUGUAUGGGCGUAAGGUGGGCUUCACCUUGGAGAUGGCUCCUCGAAGGCGCGAAGAAGAUAUUUCUUACAGUUCUGAAGCAGGACAGCGAGGGCAUGAUGAUGAUAUCUCCAGUACCAGCGAAGAUGAAGGCUAUCCUGAGGAUAUGGAUCAAGACAAGCACGAUGAGAGCAGUGAUGACAGUGACAGUGAUAGGUCAGAUGCAGACAGUGAAGCUGAGGAUUUCCUGCAUCGUGAUAAUGACAAAGAGCGGGAAGGUGGCGAAGAGAAGAAAUCAGGUCAUAGUGUACGGUUUGCAGACAUGCCUGGGAAAUCACGAAAAAAGAAAAAGAAUAUGAAAGAACUGACUCCGCUCCAGGCCAUGAUGUUGCGAAUGGCAGGUCAGGAAAUUCCAGAGGAAGGGAGAGAAGUGGAGGAAUAUUCAGAAGAAGAAGAGGAGGAGGAAGAGGACUCAGAGUCUGAAGAGACAGCACAACAACAACAGCAUCAGCAACAACACAGUGAGGAAGCUCUUGCAGAGACUGGGUCAUCUACUGCAACCUCCCAGGCACAACAGCAGCAACCUCCUCCACAACCUGUUCCUCCAACUCAGAUACAGGCACCUCCUAUGCCUGGGCCACCUCCUCUAGGACCACCUCCAGCCCCUCCGCUGAGGCCCCCAGGCCCACCCACUGGCCUUCCUCCUGGCCCUCCACCAGGAGCUCCUCCGUUCCUGAGACCUCCUGGGUUACCAGGACUGCGUGGACCUUUACCACGACUUCUACCACCAGGCCCUCCGCCAGGGCGACCACCUGGCCCUCCCCCUGGUCCCCCACCAGGUCUGCCCCCAGGUCCUCCUCCACGUGGGCCCCCUCCUCGUCUGCCACCUCCUGCCCCACCAGGUAUCCCUCCUCCUCGCCCAGGCAUGUUACGGCCACCUUUGGUGCCUCCAUUAGGACCUGCCCCACCUGGGCUUUUCCCACCAGCUCCCAUUCCAAAUCCUGGGGUGCUGAGUGCCCCACCCAGCUUGAUUCAGCGUCCCAAGGCGGAUGACACCAGUGCAGCCACCAUUGAGAAGAAAGCUACAGCCACUAUUAGUGCCAAGCCGCAGAUCACUAACCCCAAGGCAGAGAUCACUCGCUUUGUGCCCACUGCCUUGCGAGUGCGCCGGGAGAAUAAAGGGGCUUCGGCUGCCUCCCAGAGAAAACCAGAUGAUGAGCCUACUCUCCCAUUAACCAAAGCAGCCCCUAAGGCUGGAUCAUCUGCCCCUAUCUCUGUACAGACAAAGGAUGAUGUGUAUGAAGCCUUCAUGAAGGAAAUGGAAGGUCUCCUGUGACCUGUCAUAGUCCUAGUCAGCUUUCCUGCUCUUUGAACACAGAUCAGGCUCCCGCAGAGGGAGGAGAACAAAAGGCCCUCCUGCAAGCAGUGAGAGGGCUUGCAUGACAGGGACUAGUUCCCUACCCACAGGUUAUCUUGCCAGUAUGCUCUGAAUAGAGACCACGGCAGAUGAGGGGUGACAGGACCUCAUUUCAGAGCUAGAAUGUCCACUUAGUGGAAGGAAAUUGCAGUCAAGAAGGUGAUGCUGCUUUCCUCAAGCCCUCUGCCUUCCUUGGUGGGAGGUAAUGGUACUCUGAGGGGGUAUGAUAAUGCUCUGCCUGGAAACCUUUCACUUCAUGAAUGCUCUGGUGAGGGUAGUGGAGCAAACUUUUAAGGAGCUAGAAAAAUGUUAGCAGGAUUUCAUACACACACAUGGUUGUCAAGUUUUUAUUUUCUGUACUGUUUUUUUCUGUAAAUAUUUUAUAAUCCUGUCGCUUUUUUAGUUGCAGUGAGAUUGAUCAAUCAUUUUUUCUUCCAGGGUAGUCAGGGAGGUAAUUUGUUGCGUAUACUGUACACUGGAAUUUUGCACCCUGUCCCCUCUACAGUCAUCUUGAUGGCUUUUAACCGACAGGGGAAAUUUCAUUUUGUCUUGUGAAAGACAAUAAAUGUUCAGUGUAUCAAAAUACCAGUUUCCUUGUGAUCUGUAUAAAUCUAGCAUAUGGAUGGAAAGGGAGGAAACUCUUCAUAGACCUUGAGGAAGAUGCAGGCAUUCUGACCCUCACAAAGGAAGAGCAAUAGCUAUGUUGUAAAUUAUUAAGAAUAUAUAUCUCUAUUAUCCUUUUAUUAAAGUCUUUUAUAUCCUUGUUUCAACAGUUCCUGUAUGUCCCUUUCAGUCUUUGCUGGUGGAUGGUAGAAAUUUUAAGUCCUGAAAUACCCCUCCUAAUUACAAAACAUUUUUUUUUAAUUUUUUUAGUAUACUCUUAUUGAAAGGUUUACUUUAUAUCAAACCUUAGAUAUCCACUAGAUGCAUCUCGGACAGACUAAACUUGUCUUACAUAAAAAUUGGUAAACAACUUUAAUUCUAAGAUCUUGACAAAUGAUUUCACAAAUGUUACAAGUUUUUUGUUAUAAAAAUCAGUAGAUGCAAAUUCUGUGAAGUUAGUGCUCUUAAACUGCAGGGUUUUUUCUUUUUCUAGGGUCUUCUUUGUUUUCUAGCUUAAAAAAGCAUUCUCUCUCUUGGCUGAAAUACGCCUUUUAACUUCAUUCAUUAUGCUUCAGUCAAAUACAUUCCAAUAACCCUUACCACAUGCAAGAAACAAAUCUUUUUGGUCUGUUUCAAAUAAGAAUAAAACCUCUUGGGAUAAUGUAGACAAAUCAGCUUCAAGACCUGUGGGAUUAAUUGUGUUGGCAAUAAGUCUUCCCCAAAUUGUUUCUUCAGAGCGAAUUGUAUUUUCAAAACACUUAAGUUUCGUCUGAAACACUGUAUUUAAGCACCAAAUUAAUACUAAAUUGCAUAUUUAUAUAGGAGUCUUUAUCCUGCAGGGUUUUGUAGGUUAAAUAUGUCUUGCAUUAAAACUAUGGUUUAAUCUAAGUGUUGAGAUUGAGAAAAUUUAGUUGUCUUCAUUAAAGUGCUUGUAGUGAGUGGCUUAAUGGCUUGAAAGUGAGUCCUCUAAGCAUGUAUCAAUUUCUAGAUGAAUAUAUCCAGACUGUGUAGUGGCUUUUUUGUUUUGUUUUGAUUAAGAGAGUUUCUGCUAGUCUUAGGCUGCCAGACUACUAGAUAGCCAACUAUAGGCAUCAUUUGAGAUACAAGCAUCAGACUUAGCUAAAUGUUCGGUGUUUUAAGGUUAAGUCCCUUUUAAGGUGACAACCAAAAUUAUUAGUUACCCAGACUUAGUUACACUUCAAAACUUUUGAUUCUGUUUUACAGAAUUCUGGAUACAAACAUAAGUUUGUACAAUGGUUCUCCUCCUGAUUUAGAAUCCAAUUGCAGUUGUGUAGGUUUUUUUGAAGUGAUAUUUAGGGGGAUAUUCUCUUCUUUGUUUAUUGUAAAGAUACUUAUAUUUUUUUCUUCGUUAAUAAGUGAAAUGUGAAAAUGAUGAUUUGGGGGAGGGAGGGCAUAAUUUUAUUUCAUGAUACCUUUGACCUUGGGCUUAAUAGGAUUAUUGACCCUCCCUUCCAGGAAAUAGGUUGAGGAGAAUAGGAAUUGUACUGCAAGAAAAGGACCUCUUUCUCCGUCAUCCAAAGUCAAUAAAAGCUCACUAGCCACCAUGUGAUUAUAUUAAUAAUCUGCAGGAAUCACUGGAUUCAUUCCAUUCAUUCUUCUGCUUUGGUCUGAUUUUUUUUUUUUUUUUUAAUCUUUUAUGUGCCAUUUGCCAUAUCCUCCUCUAGGUAAGGCAUCUCUUCUCCUGUCUGGGACAGGAGUAAGUGGUUGCCUGUUCCUAUCCUCUUUGAGACAGGGGAAGACUCGAGGGCUAGGAUGCCUCCUGUGUCUUGUAGGGACCAGCCUCAUACAGGAGGCUUCUCGCUCUCCUGUCCCAGGAGCAGUUGUGUUCUUGUUUUCAGGGAAAAAAUGUGAGUUUGGGAGUUGUAUGACUAGCUGAGAGCACAUGUGUAAAAACUGGCUGCAUGUGAGACUGAGGUUUCAUCCUACUGACUUGGUCUGUUUUUUUUCUUUAGCUAAAAUAAAUGGGGGAUUUUUUUCCCUUCCUUGUUUUUAAUACAUUUCUAAGUGUGAAGAGCACAAAGCAGGAAACUCCUGUUUUUAUCAGAGCAGUAGAUCUAUGGUUGCCCUUGCUUCAGUCCAUUCACUCAUGUAAUAAACUAUUUCUUCACCAGCCCCAUAAAUGAUGGGCCACGGCAGGAAUGUCAAAUCCAGGUGAUCUUUCUGGAUUGCUGACAACCUUUUCUUCUCCAGCAUCAGUCAAAGCAGUCAGAAAUGUUUGUAAAACAAUUUGAUAUCUAAACUGACGUUACUUGGAUCAUCUAGAUGAAUGUUUCCAUUUAUCCACAUGUAGAUUUUGGGGCUCUGGUAAUGACUCUGGGUGACUGGAGCCCUUCACCAAGAACAGGUGAACGAGCUUUGCUUCGGCUCAACGUUUGCUGAAUUAUGUAAGGUUUUGUGCUUGUAUUUCUGUCAAGAGAAUACAGGAAAUGCUCCUUUGUAUUUGUACUGCUCUGUGACUCAGAAUUCUGAGACCAGGCAGAAAAGGAUUUAAUAAGAAAGUGUGUGAAAUACAUAUAUAUUUCUUACUGUUUAUUUAUUGAGGAAGAAUGGAAUAAAUUUCUGGUAUUUAAGUAGAAAUAUAAAAAAAAAUAGAAAGCAUGUGGUAUUUAAAAACAGCUUUUGUCUGUAUUUCAACACAGCCUUUGGAAAUUAUAUAUUUAUAUCAUGAUUGCGCUGGUCAUGGACAUAUUCCUGUUACACCAUCUUCUCUUAGCCCUGGACAACUAGCAACAUAAACCUAGCAUGGUUUACUUAGGAAAAGCUUGCUUGGUUUCACACAUGCACUUUGUCAGCUGCAUGAAGGAAUAUAUAUCUUAUGGUUACAGCUGUGCCACUUUAUUAGUUGAUUGUAUCUCGUUUUUGUGGUGUGCUCAUACAGUGCUUUGGGAUUCUUUUCUCUAAUACUACCUGGAUUUUGUGGUAGCAUCUUUCAUCUGUGGCUCUGGGUGCUAUUUACAGUAGAGGUAAUGACUGUGGUGGGAAGCAGGCUGGGGGGGGCUGAGGCACGGAGAAGCAAUGGGGCUUGCCUGAGGUAUUAAUGACUGGACAAAGAUGGAAAUAAAGAGGACUCCUGAGGUUAAUUUGGUAUAAUCCAUUGAAUGCUGCUGUUGAUGAAAGGUGCUUCCUAAAGGUUAUUAGAUUUUUCAGAACAGCGAGCUGAUCUUGUUUGCCCAGAAAUAAACGACUUGUGUCAGUAA